UGACUCUCAGGCUUUUGAAAUAAAAUAAAAAAAAACCCAAAAUCCUCUCACUCUGGCUGCCUGUCCGUCGGUGCGGACAGCCAAUUCUGGUCCUGAAUCUUUCAGGACCUUGGCUUUGAAGCCUGAGAAUUUCACCUUUCUUCUCCCGGGAUAAAAAAACCAAAAAGUUGAAAAAAAAGGGAAAACACAGGGAAAAAAAAAAGUCUCUAAUAUGGCUUCCGUAUCCAUCAAAUUUGCCUUUUUCUUUCUCGUGUUCGGCACAUUAAUUCCCUACCUUGAGUCUCAUAUUGCCGAUUUCGAUGAAUAUUGGCAACAAAAAGCCGAGGAGGCACAUCAGGUGUCCUUGGAGACGUACCACCCGGAGCCGUACAACGUGACGGAGCAUUUCAACGCGGCGGUUCACAUGGACCUGUUCGGUUCCAACAACACCCGCCGAACCUUGAGGAAGAACAGGGGCAAAUGUCUGGCCACCAACCCGAUCGAUCGCUGCUGGCGGUGCGACCCCAAUUGGGCCGACAAUCGCCAAAAGCUGGCCGACUGUGUCCAAGGUUUCGGGUACAGGACCCGAGGAGGAAAAGGAGGCCCAAUCUACGUCGUCACCGAUGCUUCCGACAAUGACCUCGUCAACCCGAAGCCCGGAACGCUCCGGCACGCCGUGAUCCAAAAGGGCCCGCUCUGGAUCAUCUUCGCGCGGAGCAUGAUCAUCAAGCUCAAUCAGGAGCUCAUGGUGAGCUGCGACAAGACUAUCGACGGCAGAGGGGCGAACGUCCACGUGGCUUUCGGCGCCGGGAUCACGCUCCAGUACGUGAACAACGUCAUCAUCCAUGGGCUCCAUGUCCACGACAUUGUUUCCGGGUCCGGCGGGCUGAUCCGCGACUCGGUGGAUCACUACGGCCUGCGGACCAGGAGCGACGGCGAUGGGAUCUCGCUCUUUGGGGCAACCAACGUGUGGAUUGACCACGUCUCCAUGUCCAAUUGCGCGGAUGGGAUCAUCGACGCCAUUAUGGGUUCCACUGGCGUCACCAUCUCUAAUGCCCAUAUCACCGACCACAACGAGGUGAUGUUAUUUGGAGCUAGUGGGAGCUACUCUGGGGACUCGAUCAUGCAAAUUACAAUUGCAUUCACCCACUUCGGGAAAGGUUUGGUUCAGAGGAUGCCAAGGUGCAGAUGGGGUUUCUUCCAUGUCGUGAACAAUGACUACACUCAUUGGCUAAUGUACGCCAUAGGUGGUAGCAACCAUCCCACCAUCAUUAGCCAGGGUAAUCGCUUCAUUGCUCCUGAAAACAAGGCCGCGAAACAGGUGACGAAGAGGGAUUAUGCGCAAGAAUCAGAGUGGAAGCAUUGGGACUGGGUAUCAGAAGGAGACCUGAUGAUGAAUGGCGCUUACUUCGUGCAAUCAGGGAACCCUCAAGUGUACAAGAAAUUCUCGAGGCAACAACUUAUUAAACAAAAGCCUGGAACCUAUGCUACCAGGUUGACUCGCUUUGCCGGAACACUAGAGUGCUUUGUCGGGAAGCCAUGUUAGAUUAUCAAAUACGAAACAGAAAGGAGAAAAAAACACAGAAACAUUUUGAUUUUUCUAAGAUUGAAAGAAAAAUCUCAUACAUAUAUAUCUCUCUCUAUAUAUAGAAGAAAAAAAAAUAUACAUUAUGCUAAUUGUUUGUAUGAUCAUCCUUAACGACAACUACAGAAGAACAAACAAACCUUAGCAAGAUUAAAGGAUGAUCAUAUUCACGCUUAAGCAUAAUUAAUUAAUAAAUCAACUAAUUAACAAAUCUUACCAACAUGUUUCUGUCUGGCAUUUUUGUUGGGUUUUCUUUUCUUGGUUUCUGGGUUUCUUCUAUGACAAGGUGGCGAGCAAGGGUGGACGGAGGAAGAAUUUGAGAGGUUUUCUUCUACUUUUCUCUACGUAUCUUUUGAAAUCGAAAAAGAAAAAGAAAAGUGUGCAUUGUAAUUAGAAAAUUGAAAAGGGCAUUGAUGAGUUGUGUUGAAGUUGUCCUUUUAUUUUUAAUCUUUAAUAGAUUAGCUAGUAAAAAAAGGGCUUCGACAAUAUAGUAAAUUACAUUGA